AUGGAGGAGGAGGAGGAGGAGGAGGAGGAGGAGGAGGAGGAGGAGGAGGAGGAGGAGGAGGAGGAGGAGGAGGAGGAGGAGGAGGAGGAGGAGGAGGAUGAAGUAGGCUUCAUCAAAGUCUGGUAUUUCCUGCGCGGAUCCGGGUUCGCGACGAAAUUAGCCAGAAAUACAACGACUAUCACUAGAGGCAUUACAUUUUCUUCAUCUUCCUUUCCAACUAACACGGCCGCGCAUGGCGUUGUUUCCGCUGUACCGAGAGCAGACUCGCCAGAUUUCGGAAUACCGCUGACUGCAUCCCUAUUUGACCUGGGGUGUUCGCUCCGGUACCAUUUACAAGCACCACAGUGUUGUAUUUAA